GGCAUAACGGGCUGUCUGUUCGUGCCAUAGAGAGAUCCGGUCCUGUUGUUUUUUAACAAAGCACAUUUGUUUACAGGAUUGUGAGUGUCCUCAGUGAUUGGGCCAAACAUGGUGAAAGGUCCUGGAACAUGCAAACACAGGCAAAUGUGGGGCCCAGAGGGGACGAGGACUGAGGGCCUUUUGUUAUCGCACAGCAAAUCUGAGAGGAAGCUUGUCAAACAAGAAUAUCAGUUCCUCUCUCAGAUAAAAAGAACGUACAACAACAACAUUGCACCAAACUGUCGACUGGAGCAAAAUGGAGUACACAUUCAAAGCAGUAACUCACAGCGCUGGGAUUAUAAUCUGGAGAAUUGAGAAAAUGGAGCUGGUACAAGUCCCAGAGAAAUCGUAUGGCAGCUUUUAUGACGGUGACUGCUACCUGCUUCUGUCUACACAUAAGGUGAGCAACUCUCUGAGUUAUGACAUUCACUUCUGGAUCGGCUCAAAAUCAUCACAGGAUGAACAGGGUGCAGCUGCUGUUUACACCAUACAGCUCGAUGAAUUUCUGGGCUCCACUCCUGUGCAGCACCGUGAGGUUCAGAACCAUGAGUCUGACACCUUCAGAGGAUACUUCAAACAAGGAAUAAUCUAUAAAAAAGGUGGAGUUGCAACUGGUAUGAGGCACACUGAGACCAACACCUAUGAUGUCAAGAGGCUGCUUCAUGUCAAAGGGAAGAAAAGGGUGAUUGCCACGGAGGUGGAAAUGAGCUGGAAGAGCUUCAACUGUGGAGAUGUCUUCUUGUUGGACAUCGGGAAGACCAUUAUUCAGUGGAAUGGACCAAAGUGUAACAAACAGGAAAAGCUCAAAGGAAUGUUGUUGGCUAAAGACAUCCGAGACAGAGAGAGAGGAGGUCGGGCAGAGAUCAGAGUGAUGGAGGGGGACGCAGAGAGUGACUCUCCUCAGAUUAUGAACAUCCUGAAUAACACUCUUGGACAAAGAACAUCUGGGCUCACAGAUGGAGUUCCUGAUGAAAUCGCUGACCAGGAACAGAAAGCCAAACUCACUCUUUACCAUGUUUCAGAUGCUGAUGGCCAGAUGAAGGUCACAGAAGUUGCUACUCGACCACUGGUUCAGGAUCUUCUCAACCAUGAUGACUGCUACCUCCUGGACCAAGGAGGGACAAAGAUCUUUGUAUGGAAGGGGAAGAAAGCAAACAAAGCUGAACGACAGGCUGCUAUGGAAAGAGCUUUGGAGUUCAUCAAAAUGAAAACAUACCCCACCACUACCAAUGUGGAGACGGUGAAUGAUGGUGCUGAGUCGGCUCUUUUCAAGCAGUUGUUCCAGAGUUGGACAGUAAAAGACCAGACUCAAGGUCUGGGCAAAGUUCACACAAGAGGGAAAGUGGCUCACAUCACACAGGAGAAAUUUGAUGCGUCUCUGAUGCAUGUGAUGCCAGAAAUUGCUGCACAGGAGCGAAUGGUGGACAAUGGCACGGGUCAAGUCGAGGUGUGGAGAAUUGAGAAUCUGGAGCUCGUCCCCGUGGAGCCUGAGUGGCAUGGAUACUUCUAUGGAGGAGACUGCUACCUGAUCCUCUACACUUACUUAGUUAACAACAAGCAGUGUUACCUGCUUUACAUAUGGCAGGGGCGUCAUGCAACAACAGAUGAAGUGGCAGCUUCAGCAUUUCAUGCUGUGGAUUUGGAUCAGAAAUACGGUGGUGAGCCAGUCCAAGUGAGAAUAACCAUGGGCAAAGAACCAAGACACUUUAUGGCUAUUUUCAAGGGUAAAAUGGUUAUCUUCGAGGGAGGUACCUCUAGAAAAGGAUCCUCUGACCCAGAGCCUCCGAUAAGACUAUUCCAGGUCCAUGGCUCUGACCCAUCCAACACAAAAGCCAUUGAAGUUCCUGCACUAGCUGCCUCUCUGAACUCCAAUGAUGUGUUUGUACUAAAAAGCCAAGCAGAAAUGUAUCUGUGGUGUGGAAAGGGAUCAAGUGGAGAUGAGAGAGCCAUGGCGAAGGAGGUGAUUUCUGUCAUUGGUCAGAACAUCUCAGUGGAGACUGUGGCAGAGGGUCAGGAGUCCAUUGAAUUCUGGGAAUUGCUUGGAGGCAAAACUCCAUACGCCAGUGACAAGAGGCUACAGCAGAUGGUUUUCGACCACCAGCCACGCCUGUUUGAAUGCUCCAAUAAGACAGGUCGUUUCAUCGUGACUGAGGUGACUCAGUUCACGCAGGAUGACCUCAGUGACGAUGACGUCAUGUUACUGGACACAUGGGACCAGGUGUUUCUCUGGAUUGGUAAAGAGGCAAAGGACGAGGAACGCAAAGAAGCAGUGGUGACGAGUCAGGAGUACCUGCACACCCACCCGGGAAACAGAGACCCAGACACACCCAUCGUCUUAGUCAAGCAAGGGUUCGAGCCGCCCACCUUCACUGGCUGGUUCAUGGCCUGGGAUCCGUUCAAAUGGAGCGGAGGGAAGAACUAUGAAGAGCUGAAGAAGGAGUUUGGAGAUGCUGUGAUACCUGUCCCUGUCACAGUGGAGCAGGAGAGUGUUGAAAUUGAGAAAAACUUUGAGUCAUUUCCACCUGAGGAUCUGGUCAACAAGCUCCCAACAGAGCUGCCUGAAGGUGUGGACCCAACCCAGAAAGAGAGACACCUCUCAGACGAGGACUUCAGCAGUGUAUUUGGGAUCACAAAAGAUGACUUUGCGCAGCUGCCGCGCUGGAAACAGCUGAACGUGAAGAAAGAAAAAGGCAUGUUUUGACGCACACGCACAGUGUAUGUGUCUAUAAGUCGACAUCAUCUCUCGUUUGAUGUCCUCUCUUUCUCUCUCCUUAUGUCAUGUCUUUGUUAACAUGUUGGACACAGUUUCUCUCUCACUGUACAAACCUAUCUUUGUGAGGAUGUGAGGACCUUGACCUUGUGGGGUCAUUGUGUGUGAGCUCCACCACUGGGUUUAGUUUCGGGUUAGGCACUUAGUUGUGAUGGGUAAGGGGCUAGGGAAUGCAUUAUGUC